AUGAAGAGAGAAAACUUGCAAAAAUUAUUGAUUAUUAAUUGAACUAAGCCUAAAAUUUGUAUCCCCAAAAGCUUAAUUUGUAAAAUAAUGUUCUUUUAUUUACUAUGAAUUAGGUAAAGUUGGACUUAUUCAAAAACUUAUAACAAAAUGUCUACUUAUUAUAGAAUGGCUGAUGAAGAGAGAAAACUUGCAAAGACACAAGGAGUGGUAAGACUUAUGAAGGUAGACUACUAUGAAAGCUGCUCUGAUAAAUGCUGUAGAUGUGGUCGUUACAAACUUACAUAUGAUGAAAUCGAAGCGCUAAACCAAUUGCGAUCUCGAUGCAAAAUCCUUUAUAAUAAAGAUAACGCUGCUCAUACCGAAAUGCUAAAACAGCUAUGAAGAGUCACUUUUCCCGAGCUGGAGCCUCCUGAGGACUGUAUUUCAGUAAAAUGAAAAGAAAUUGGAUUUCAAGGUACUGACCCUGGAACUGAUUUUAGAGGUGCUGGAAUUUUUGGGCUGCAGCAAAUUUUAUAUUUAGCAACCCACUACCCACAAGAGUACAAGCAAUUUAUUGAAUCAGCCACAGACUACUCUUUUUGCAUUUCUGCCUUAAAUGUCACAGUAUGUUCUACUUACUCCCCCGUAAGCGAAAUUUUGUUCGCUCAUAUAGGGGGUGUUAAUAAUUUAAAAAAAUUCUAAUUUGUAAAAAUUGAGAUAAAAUUAAUUUAAUUUGUUUAAUUUACGUUUAAAAUGCAAUUUGUUUAAAAUUGAACAGAAUGAGCUAGAGAUUUCAUUAUACUAAUUAUCAGUUAUAUAUCAAAAUUUUGUUCAUACAAUAUUUUUGUUCGUUCACAGAGGGUGGGUUUUGGGCAAAAAAGAUUUUCCAAAUAUGGAGGGGGGAUUAGCAUUUCUAUAUGUAUUAUUUUCAACUUCUAGAGAAUAGGGCUGUAGGAAUUCCAGGACUAAGAAGAGCUGCACUAAAGCCUAUGAAAGUAUUUUGUGGGCUAAACUUGCUAGAUAGUGAUGCCAUAAAUGAAAUCUUUGUAGCAGCAGUUUUUAAAAUGCAUGCAGAAUGGCAGGAAUUGAAAAAGACACGCAAAGUUAAUGUUAUGAAUUUCCCAACAGUUAUUAUUAGAGCAGUUAAUUAUGUUGAAGAUAUUUUAUAUACUUUACCACAAGAUAUUGCAAAAUUCAAACAAUUGGCCUUUAAUUAG